UCAGUUCGACUUCCUGUCAACUGAUAUAAAUAUUUACAUCAAGUAGUUAAAGAAUUGUCUAUUUACAUCUAUAUCAGUGAAUUUCAUAUGAAUAAAUUUUUAGUGGGUUAAAUUACUUGACCCACUGAAUCAGAAUAAUAAAUUAGAAGUGUGAAAAUUCAAAUAAAAUCAUGUCAGAUUUAAAAGAACCACCAAAUCUGAUGGGUAAAUAUCACUUAAUCAACAACAAACUCAAAAAACGUUUUAUGAAGAAUCCAAACUAUUCUGAAAUCAGCGAAGAAUUUAUCGCAUUAGCAAAAGAAUGCGAGCAAAACCAGGCUUGGCAGUAUGCUGGGUUGUGCUACACAGCAGCCUCAAAGUGUUAUCACACAAUGGGAAUCACAACAUCAGAGAUAAACUCAUUGAUGCAAGCGGGGAGACAGUAUUUAGUCGCGGAAAAACAAAAUGCGAACAUCGGCUGCCCGUCUAUGGGUCAAGAAAACAUAAUAGCCGCAACCAAAAGCUUCCUCGACGCUGCAGAACGGGUUCCUGAUGCUCCAGAGUUCAACGUCCUGGUUUCCGAGUGUCUUAGAGAAUUAGCGAGCUUCCAAAAAGGCUCUUCAGCUUGCGAUCAGCUGCUGAAAAAGUCUAUCAGCAUGUUCGCCACCGUCGAAUCUCUGGAUGAGUUGAUACUAAACUGCAUAGAGCAAGAAAGUUUUGUUGAAGCCUUCAACGCGAUCAAUGAACAAAUCAGUCUGAUUGAAAGCAUUGAAAGGAAUACGCUGUCUCGUUAUCGUCAUUCCUUACACGACGCCGAAAUCAAUAGGCUGCUGCUGAUAUUGAUAAUGUAUCCGACCUGUGUCAAGGUUCAACCUGCGCAUAGAAAUGUCUUGGAUAAAUUUAUCGCCAAUGAAGAGAAUACCAAAAAUUGUCUGUGUUUGAGUGACGAUGAAUUUAUUCUCCUGCAGUCACUGAUCUUCGCUUGUCAGUCAGAGGACAUCGGAGCUAUCGUUGAUUUAGAAACUGAGCUGUGGGAUUAUUUGAAUGCCAAUCAAAAGUGUCUUCUACGAAUGCUAGUUAGAAUUGUUACUAAUGAAUGUUAAUUUAUUUUUAUUUAAAUUUUUUUGCUCGUGUUGUUUGAACAAAUAGGAAUUUAUUUUCAAAAUUUAUAGGUUAGAGGUACCAUUCAUGGCACUGCUCCAUUUCUGGACAUCUAAUACUUUUUAAUUACUGAAAAAGAGUAAAAUCAAUUUCCAUUUUAAUAGUGGCACGAAAGUAUCUCUAAACAUAUUUUAAAACCUAGUUACAUUAUUGUGUCUUUUACAAAUUGGAUGAUUGAAAAUAAAAAUGAAUAAUUAAGUUAACAAAUAAAAUAUUUUUAUACGAUAAAUUAAUUUGAAUAAUUAACAAAUA